AUGGAGUGUCCGAUCUCUCCGGCCGAGUUGCAAUCGCUCAAGGUGCUAAUCGACUUUUGCAAGCUAACUCCUAAGCUACUUAACCUGCCACAGUUGCACUUUCUGAAGCAGUUCAUCGAAAGUUUGGGCGGCAAGGUUCCGGAAGGUAUGCCCGAUCUGAACAGCAAGGUAGGAAGCGACAAGCAAGAAAGCAACGGUGGCACUUCAGCGGAAACGAAGAAAGAAGAAGAACCGAUUGAAUCGGAUCCGGAAUCAGAACUGGAGCUGGAUAACGAGGGAUGCGUCGAACCGGACUCGGAACCGAACCAACCGAUGGGCGAUGUGUCGAAGGAGCCGACGGAGGAAGAGUUCGACCAGGCAAACGAUUUCCGAUCUCAGGCGGCUGCGGCAUAUGGCGAACAGAAGUACGACGAAGCCGUAAAGCUGUUCACCGAUGCCAUCCAGCUGAACCCGAAGAGUGCUUUGUACUAUGCGAAGCGUGGUCAAGCGUAUCUGAAGCUGCAGAAACCGAACGCUUGUAUCCGGGACUGUAACCGUGCGCUGGAAAUCAACCCAGACUCGGCAACGGCCUACAAAUUCCGUGGACGUGCCAACCGUCUGCUUGGUCACUGGGAGGAAGCAGUCAAGGAUUUGCGACAGGCCUGUAAGCUCGACUUUGACGAAGAAGCGGACGAGUGGCUAAAGGAGGUAACACCCAACGCGAAAAAGAUCGAACAGCACAAGCAGAAACAGUCACGCCGUCACCAGGAGCGUGAGUUCCGCCAACGGCAGGAACGUGCCCGCAAAGCUCAGGAAGCGAAUCGUAAGGCGGCAGAAGAGGCUACGGCCGGUGAGGGAGCUGGACUUGGUGGAGCUGGUGCUGGUGGUUCGCCUUUCGGUGGUAGCAUCCCAGAAGAGCUGCUCAAAUCGUUUGCCGAUCCCGAGAUCCGCGACGCCAUGAUGGAUAUGUUUAGCAACCCGUCCAAUAUCUCCAAGUACAUGAACAAUCCGAAGGUUAUGUCGGUACUGAUGAAGAUAUACUCCGACGAAUCGGGAGGUGGUGGUUUCCCUGGAUUCGGUGGUGGCGGUUUCCCAGGUUUUCCCGGUUCGGGUGGUGGUGGUUUUCCCGGUUUCCCUAGCGGCGCUGGUGGUGCCGGAUUCCCGAACUUUGGCGGUUCGGACGGUGGAGCAGGUGCGGGUGCAGGAGCUGGAACAGGUGCUGGCAGUGGUGGUGGUGGUGGUGCCCGUGUGGAUGAUCUAGAUUAG